AUGUCUAAGUCGUUGUUUUCCGAAGUGAACGGAACAUCUAGAACGUCGUACGGCAGUACGAGAGGUCAAUAUCCUCCCAUAGCCGAUCGUCACGGCGCCGUCGAGCACGAACUCGAGCUGGGAGACAAUUUAGUGGGAUUGUCAUUGAAAUAUGGCGUCACGGUCGAAGACAUCAAACGCGUCAACAAAAUAUUUACCAACGAGAGUGUAUUUGUAAGGAAGACGGUACUCAUACCGAGAUUAAGAGAGAGUCUGUCAAAAUCGAGUUCUCCAACUGCGUUUCGAAAAUCGACUGAAAUGAUGUCGGACGAUCAACUGGAUGCGAACGCUUUUCUCGCCAACAUUGAUCGACAGUUAGAGGAGACGAAGGAGGCGGUGAACAAGUUGGAAGCUUCCGGAAGAAUAUGUACAGUCUCUUGGGAGAGAUACAUGUAUACGAAACUGGUGCAACAUCGCAUAUUGGGAACUCAUGCAGAGAGUCGCUCAGGUGUAUAAUGUGACGACCGAUCGCGAGCGUGUGGAUAUCUACGCAAAGUCAGCGCUUGCAAACGGCCUGUGUAUGAGAAAAGUCAUGUUCACUAAAACAGGCAAUUUCUAGGGAACUCUGCCACCGGUUUAACAAAGGUGUGUGCGACAAGUCUGCAGAGUCAUGCAAGUACAAGCACUGCUGCUGGAACAACUGCUGGGACCACGUCCUUGUACCGCUUGUCUCCUCCAACGCUCCAAUUAACGAACUUUAUGUGUCAACUCCAAUUAAUACUCACCGUUUGGCAGCUUUUCUUUGACACCAUCACGAUGCAGCUUUUGUUCACUCUCUAGUGCACGACCUCACACACGGUUGCUCUAUUGGUUUCUCUGGCCCAAAGAUUUCUCAUAUUAACCCAAACCUUUCUUCUGCCCAUGAUCAUUCAGACGUUGUUCAGAAACAAUUACAAAGUGAAUGUGAUUACGGACACAUGACAAGACCUU